AUGUUCUACGUUAUUGGAUUAGGACUAAGUGAUGAGAAGGAUAUAACAGUAAAAGGUUUAGAGGCUGUUAAACGAUGUGAGAGAGUGUAUUUGGAAAGUUAUACUUCCAUCUUAAUGGUGGAUAAAGGGAGAUUGGAAGCUUUUUACGAGAAGGAAGUUAUAAUAGCCACUCGAGAGAUGGUCGAAUUGGAAGCGGAUGAAAUACUGAGGGAUUCAGAUAAAGUGGAUGUUGCAUUUUUGGUGGUUGGUGAUCCUCUAGGAGCAACAACCCAUACCGACCUUCUCCUUCGAGCUCGUUCACUCCAAAUCCCAACUCAAGUAAUACACAAUGCAUCUAUCCUCACUGCAUUGGGAUCAACAGGUCUACAAAUGUACAAUUUCGGUCAAACGCUAUCUUUGGUAUUUUACACCGAAACGUGGAGACCUGACAGUUGGUUCGAAAGGUUGGAAGAAAAUCUAAGGAUCGGGGUACAUACGUUGGUGUUGUUGGAUAUCAAAGUUAGGGAACAGAGUGAGGAGAACAUGGCUAGAGGUCGACUGAUCUACGAACCCCCAAGAUAUAUGAACCCUCAUCAAGCGUUCUCUCAAAUCCUCCUAACCGAAUCACUGAGACAUCCUAAAAACCCUUCUUCCUCUUCUUCCGAUGGUGGGGAAACCCAAGUUGAACCCAAACUAUCGCUAUUACCUCCCUCCGAAACAUUAGCUAUAUCAUUAUCUCGGAUCGGCACAUCCACUCAGAAAUUGAUAAGUGGGACAUUAGAAGAAUUGGCUCAACUGUCUGAAGAAGAAUUUGGGGAUCCUCUCCAUUCGGUUGUCAUAGUCGGUAAGAAGUUGCAUCCGUUGGAAUUUGAAUAUGCAGGUAGGUUUGCGGUAGGGGGUGAAGAAGGGGGAUGGUGGAAGGUUGGUAGAGAAGUUUAUGGAGUUGAGAGAGAGACGUUCUAG